CUUCCCGACAAGAAUGAGGAGUAUGGAACGAAAAGUUACUGGGAUCAAAGAUACUCUCAGGAAUCUGUGGAAGACUCGUUUGACUGGUUCAAAUCCUACUCAGACCUGGCAGAUAUUAUCCAUGAGCUAAUACCGGACAAGUCGUCCAAGAUCCUGAUGCUGGGAUGCGGUAACUCAAAGCUAUCGGAAGAUAUGUGGGAAGACGGGUAUCAUAAUAUCGUAAAUACGGAUUAUUCCAAGACGGUCAUCGAGCAGAUGCGACGACGGCAUGAAGUUAGACCUGAGAUGGAGUGGCAUGAAAUGGAUGUCCGCGAGCUGAAGUUCGAUGAUAGUUCAUUCGACGUUGCCAUUGACAAAGGU